GGAAACAAUACCGCGCGGUGCAGAGUGGCCUCCUCCCGCGCCCGCCCGCCCGCUGCCGCCGCCGCCCCCGUCCGCGCCUCCCGCCUCCUGCCGCAGCCGGCUGGGCUUUUCCCCUCCUUCCCAAUUGAGUCUGGGCGCCAAGCCCCCAAGUGCUCGUCACGCUGGACCCUGGCACGGAGCCCUGGCAUCACGACUCGGAGGCCGAGACUCUCUCCUGGAGUCACCCAGGGGACAUGGAGUCGCCUCAGUGUGUAGAGGAGCUGGAGGAUGAUGUGUUCCAGCCAGAGGAUGGGGAGCCGGGGACCCAGCCCAGGAGCUUGCUCUCUGCUGACCUGUUUGCCCCGAGCCAGCUGGACUGCCCCCUCAGCCAUCUGCGGCUCUUCCCUCUCACCCACUGCUGUGGCCCUGGCCUUCGACCCACCAGCCAGGAAGACAAGGCCACCCAGACCCUCAGUCCAGCCUCCCCAAGCCAGGGUGUCAUGCUGCCUUGUGGGGUGACCGAGGAACCCCAGCGACUCUUUUAUGGCAAUGCUGGCUACCGGCUCCCUCUCCCUGCCAGUUUCCCUGCAGGCUUGCCCCUUGGUGAGCAGCCCCCUGAAGGGCAGUGGCAACAUCGAGCAGAGGUACAGAUUGCCCGAAAACUUCAGUGCAUUGCAGACCAGUUCCAUCGGCUUCAUAUGCAGCAACACCAGCAGAACCGAAAUCGCGUGUGGUGGCAGACCCUGCUCUUUCUCCACAACCUCGCUUUGAACGGAGACGAGAACAGGAACGGGGCAGGUCCCAGGUGAGGCUGGGCUGCCCUCUCCGCAUGGCACAGCAGGAAGGACAGCGCGAGGACUGAUGCUGUGUCUUGUGGAGUUGUUUUGUGUUUUUGAUUUUAAAAUGUUUCUCUGUUUGUAAAUAAGACAUACCCAAGUGGGACCUCUUUCCCUGUUUCGGGCCUCGACCACGAAUGGGGGCCUUUGUCAAACACUGUUGAAGUAGAGGCUGGUGUGUCUGUGAUGGUGGGGCCUCCCAAGGGCUGUGACAAGUACAUUCUUCAGUCGGCAGUUGUCGAAGAUGACUGGGUAGUCAUGUUCUCUGGCAAGCGGACUGUAGUUUUCCCACAAGAACUCGUUUAAGAAAUAGGAGACUGGAUUAGACUCCUGGUUCCACCAAACCUAUCACCCUUCCACCGUGCACGGGCCUGAGAUCUGGACGGUCACACUGCUUUUACCCACCAGGGCCUUGGCCAGGGGCUUUCCAUCUGAGCAUGGCAACUUCACUAGGCCAGCCAGCCUGUCUCUGGGUUCUCGUCUGGCCCAGCCAGCACCCACUGCAAGGGCUCAGGGGUUCUUGCCCAGCCCUGUCAUCUCCAGCAGACCUCAGGGAGGGUUGGGUUUCUCCAAGGACCCCCUCAAACAUGCCACAACAUGAACCAAACUUCCGGGUAGGCCUCAAAUCUGACUUGGUCCCACUUGGAGGCCCCAGGAUUGGUCCUGAGGUGCAGAACCACUGCCACCUCUGGCUCUCUGGGACUGGCGUGGUGUCAACGAUGGAUGAGCCAAAUAGCCAGUCAAUGUGCUGUAGCCAGCAGCUUGUGCCUUUGUCAGCUCUUCUUUCUGAAGACCCAGCCAACAGACUGCAUUCCAUCCCCAGUAUCAACACUCUAGGGCGUGAAGGGGCAGGAUGGCAGUGGGACUGGGAAAUGUGGUGGCCAUCCCACCUGUAAGAGACAGCCCUAGAGGAACCCAGACAUCUUUGUUUCCUUGGAAACAACAUACCUCCUCCCCCUUAUCCCCAUUCCUUUUUCACACCUAGUGGGAUACAGGAAGAAGCCAGCACAGUGGCUUUGUCAGCUGAAAUGUGUCUUUUAGAGUAACAGACAGUGAUUAGAGUGCGGAACCGUCAAAGCUGGUACACAUUUCCUGUCUUCCUUCAGCUUCCAGCCAGGCCAGGAGGGCGUGCUCUGGAAGUCAGCAGGAUUGCAGCUGCCUCUGUCCGAACUUCUUCCCUUCUCUCCCUGCUGUGGCACUAAUGGAGAGAAUUUAAAGCAGCCAGUCUGGCAGCUCUGAUUGCAGACACAGGGAAUCUGAAAAGACACAGGGAAUCCAUUAACCAGACACUUAGAAAUUAAAUUAUAAUUUUUGCAUACGUAAGAAAAGAUAACAUUGGUGCUAAUGGUGAAGCAAGGCCCAAAGAAAAGAUGGCUUCCCUGGGCAGAGAAGACCCCAAGGCUACCCAAGGGAAUUGGAGGAGUUCAGAGUAAACUCUCAGAUCUGAACAAGCCCAGGCUCCUCCACUUCUGCCCAGAGGAGGUCUUCAGUACUGUCGAAGGAAGCAUUGAUCUUCUGGAUGUACAGUUGGGCAAGUUGUUCACUGCACAAGGGCACCUGCAGAGGAAGAUAAUGGAGGCUAAAAUCCAGCCCGUGCUGUGCCUGCUAAGCUGUAUGCCCUAGUGUCUACCCAGGAAGGGGUGCUGUAUGGGCUCACCGUGGCCCUGAGAAGGAACUCAAACUGUGGAUAAGCCUUUGUUUUGUUCUGCGUGGAUGCUCUGGAGGUAUUACCUCUUUUUAGCCAAAAUUAUAUUCUCAGGGUGUGUACCAUGGUUUGUCUGCUAAGAAGAUGGGUUCCUGCUUACAAGAAGGAGCCCAGGGAACAGGCAUCAAGACUGGCUCUGGGACACGCUGACCAUUGUGGAAUCCAGCCUUUCCUGUGUGUCUCCAUACCGUUUUAUGAUGGGUAUAGGACGUGUGUUGUUAUCCCUUCUCCUGGACCAUGGCUGUGACAGGCAGGCUGCUGCUAUGUGCUUGAGUGGCACACACAAGAAAACAGGAUUAGUUCUGCCAGCCACCUUUGAACCUCUCUUGGCAGACUUUCCAGCUGAGCUGAGUGAGAGUAAAUAAAUGGUCUAGGCCUGGGUGCUGAGGCACAGCCAUCGGCUUCAGACACCUUGCCAGGCCCAGGCAGGAUGCCCUGUGGCCCGUCUGGGGAACUGAACCAGGACUUUGACAAGCCCACCUGGACGUCGAGCCUGGGGCCAGGCACGGGGAGGGUGGUCUGACCGCACUGUCUCCAUUUUCUGCGAAGCCAGGAACUAACUCACUGUCUAAGCAAGCCGGGGCAAAAUUUCAAACUCCCUUCCUUCCCCCUCCCAAAAAAACCCCAGGAGGUAACUGGCAGAGUGGCCCCAGGAGGGGGAGAGGUUCCUCCUGGUUGGCUGUGUUUAAUUGGCCUGGUGAGCCAGCCUGGCCCCUUCCCCCUCUGCUUGGUGAGUUGGUCUGAACAUUCCUCAAGUCCAGCCUCAGGAGACACGUCCCUCCCCUUGGGCCCCCUCUCCCCAUCCCCCACCUCCAGGAGCUUGGCUGUCUCUAGUGACAGGGGUGGAGAAGCAGAUUUAGAGGGAGGGAGAGUCUGCCCUGGGUCCUGACCUGUAACCGGGAGCUUUUGUGGUUUGCUGGGGGUGGGUGGUGGGAGAGGGACUGAAAACCUCCCUCCCUUUUGUAGAAAUGCUCUGGAGGAAGGGAGGCCUGAUAUUCAGGGUCACAACAGUCCUUCUAAUUCAGAACCCCAGAGGAGGGCUUUCUGGAAGCUGCUGGACAGAACUGGGGAGGGAACCCCCCCAGGCCAGACAUCUGACUCGCCCAGCGAGUUGGAGGACUCAGCCUGGUCUCUCUGCCUUCGCCGGCUUCUAAGUCUGGGCUGCUGGAGAGCUGCCCCGGUGGCCUUCUCUUGCUCAAUCUGAGUCAGAGAAAGAUCACCUCCCAGUGACCUCCCCGAACGUGUAGGGGAGGGGGUCUGUUCUGUGUCCAGAGCUUAUGUGGCAGCAUGUUCCGAGUGCUCAGAGGGGCCCAGCUGACACGUCUCACUGUCCUCAGCAGCCUGUCCCUGUUCGAGGGUGGCUCCAGCCUGGGUAUGGCACGGAGCGGGUUGUCUGGGAUGUAUCAGCCAAGGGCUCCAUCUGCCUGCAGUCCUCUGGGAAGGAGCCUGCUGCCCCAGGAGAACUUGAUGAAGAGGGAGGUAGGGAGAGUGGAGAGCACCAGAAGCAGGAAGACUUCAGCUGCUGCGGCUCAGCUGGCCCGGCAGGGCGUCUGUGAAUCCGUCCUGCAGCCCAGGCUGGAGGAAGCUGCCGAGUCCCUCUGUGUGUUGGCCAGGACUCUUGGUGGGAGGCCACGCCGGCCGCACUUCUUCCAGGAAGGGGUUAACCUAUCAGCCUGUGUCGGCUCCUGGGGGCACUGUGGGCAGUAGGCACCCCGGGGCUGGUGAGGACUUUGAGGUUUGAGAGAAUAGCAGAGAAAGCUGAGCUCUUCCACAGAUGUGCCAGCCUCCCCGGCUGAAGGUGCUCAGAGCCCGUGCAGGCUCCCGGGUCUGCACUGCCCCUCUCUGCACAGGUGGCCAGCACCUCUCCCUGCUCUGUGAGCAUUGCCCAGUGGGCCACCCCAUCCCUGAGUCCACAGGGGCUGUCAAGGGGAGACCCAGUGAGAAUGUAGCAUUUUGUUGAUCCCAGGUUAGUUGUCCUGGGUCCUAGGCACUCUGCCUCUGGGAGAGAGACAGAGAAAGAGAGGGAGGGGAAUGGGGACCCAUCGUUUUUAACCUGUACAGAGUAUUCAGCUUUAUGUCCUUCACAUGCAUAUAUGUGUGUGUGCGUGUAUCUUCCCCCCCAUUAAUUGGUACAAUUUUUAAUAAAAACCAUUUA